UCAAUCAUAUGGGUCCAACAUGGACGACCUGGUAAUGCAGCAAAGCCCGUGAUAGGACUGGAGGGACCAGAAUAUAAUAAGAAAAGCUUGCAGGGCUCGGUGCGUUUGCAGCCAGGAGAGAAAACGGAAAUAUGCCUACUCCGUAUUUUACCCUAGAUGCCCAACUGAGGUUCCAUGACAAAUGGCUGAAGAUCGACCUGCAGCGAGUGUUCUCUCCAGAGGGGCUGAGUGAGAUGUGGAAUGAGAUGGUGAAGGAUGAAGAGAUCACCUUCAAUGGAGAAGAAUCGGCUCACCCAGAAGACUGCACUGAUUGCUUCGGUGCUCAGAAGAAGGAUGAAUCCAACGACAAAGAGAAGAAGGAAGAGGAAGACGUGUCGACGUCUGUCCAUCACUCCAUCAUCGAGACGUGGGACUGGGGGCGGCAGCCAGAUGAGACAGAGCUGAAGGACUGUCUGACGGUGCUGAUAGAGGACCAACAGAAGCUAUCGGCCCAGAUGGCUAAGAGCACGCUGUCUGCCAUGCGUCUGCGCCAGCGCCUGGUCAUCCUAGAGAGAUACCUUAUAUCGCUGAGCCACAGCAUGAUGGAAGAGAAGUACAAGGUCCGCUGGAAGAUCCCCCCCAGCCCCCCUCUACCCAUCGUAGACAACAAGAGCGCCCGGCCAGCCAGUAAGGGUGUGGAGGGUCUGGCCAGAGUCGGCUCCAGAGCAGCGCUCUCCUUUGCCUUUGCCUUUCUACGACGAGCCUGGAGGUCUGGUGACGAUGCGGACCUGUGCAGUGAGCUGCUCCAGGAGUCCCUGGAUGCUCUGCGAGCCCUCCCAGAAGCCACUCUGUUUGACGAGGGCACCGUGUCGUCUGUCUGGCUGGAGGUCGUGGAGAGAGCCACCAAGUUCCUCAGUGAUGUCCAUGGAAGUGGAAGCACCAAAGGCAGCAUCCCACUACAGGACCAACACCUGGCCCUGGCCAUCCUGCUAGAGCUGGCAGUGCAGAGAGGCACUCUGAGCCAGCUGCUGUCUGCCGUCCUCCUCCUCCUGCGGCUGUGGGACAGCGGGACCAGGGAGAUGGACAAUGAGCGCUCCACCCAGGGGACCAGCGCACCCCUCCUCCCUCUCCUGCAGCGCUUUCACAACAUCCACAGCAGCAAGGAGGAGCCCGGCCCUGAGGAGGAGAUGGAGAUCCUGGGGUCCCCUCUGAGUCCCAAUGAGAGUUUCUUGCGCUACCUGACGCUGCCCCAGGACAAUGACUUGGCUAUCGACCUGAGACAGACGGCUGUGGUCAUCAUGGCUCACCUGGACCGUCUGGCCGCCCCCUGCUCCCCCCCGCAGUGCAGCUCCCCCACCUCUCACAAGGGCAGUCUGCAGGAGGUGAUUGGCUGGGGGCUGCUAGGCUGGAAGCUGUAUGCCAACGUGAACGGGCCGGUGCAGUGCAAGGCCCUGUCAGGCCUGGGGGUCUCCCAGAUAGUGUGUUCUGAGAAGGGCUUCCUCAUCCUGGCCAGCAGUGGAGCCGUCUACACACAGAACUACAAGAGCACCACACUGGCUCCCAUGCUGGUCCAUGCCCUGACCUCCAGGAAGAUAGUGAAGCUGGCAGCUCAUCCAGACGGGCAGCACUAUCUGGCCCUGUCGGCCAAUGGAGAGGUCUUCUCCUGGGGCUGUGGAGACGGGGGCCGCCUGGGGCAUGGAGACACCACGUAUCUGGAGGAGCCAGCGGUGAUCACAGCGUUCACAGGGAAGCAGACCGGGAAGCAUGUGGUGCAUGUAGCCUGCGGGAGCACCUACAGCGCGGCUAUCACAGCUGACGGAGAGCUGUACACCUGGGGCAGGGGCAACUACGGACGUCUGGGACACGGUUCCAGCGAGGACCAAACUAUUCCCAUGCUGGUGACGGCUCUAAAAGGAAUGAAGGUGCUGGAUGUGGCGUGUGGCAGUGGAGACGCCCAGACCCUGGCUGUCACAGAGAACGGCCAGGUGUGGUCGUGGGGGAUGGGGACUAUGGGAAGCUGGGUCGUGGAGGCAGCGACGGCUGUAAGACCCCCUAAACUGGUGGAGAAGCUUCCAGGACCUGGACAUAGUGAAGGUGUGCUGUGGGAGUCAGUUCUCUGUAGCACAGACUAA